AUGGUUUCUUCAAUAUGCCAACGUCUCCUUGACAAACAAUGGAAACCAUAUGAAGUUGAAAAAGUACCCCACAUAGAAGGUAUUUACUUGAUUGGAGAAACAGUUCCUUUAGAAGACAUCGACGUUCUCUACGUGGGUCGCUCGAAUGAUGUACAUCGGAGGAUGGUAGAACACAAGAGGCAGGAUCUGGCCAUAGAUCAAUACGUUCAAAAACAGUUUGAAUAUAAUGGCGGCAAAAAUCUACGUAUAAAGUGGAUUCGUGAGAUAAACACGGAUCACACAGAAAAAGAAUACCGCGAGUGUAUUGCGGACAAACUUGAUUACUGGCCAAAGUACAACAUCAAAGAUUAG